AUGUCGUACGCGCAACAUCGGCAAACUACAUUGCCGUCCCAAAUACGGCCUUCUUCCGGUUUUGGUAGCAACCCUUCCACCAGCACGCAGUCAUCCGCUCUGCAAGCCCGCAUUAAUGAGAAGAAAGUCGAGCUGGAGAAUCUACGGCAACUGCGUGACCUCAGCGCAGGCCUGGCGGAGCAGAUGCAGCAGCUGGAGAACAAACUGUCUACCUUGAGCUCCGGGACUGAAGCCGUUGCCGCAGUGCUUGGAAAUUGGAACAACGUAUUGCGGGCUGUGCACAUGGCCAGCUGUAAGUGA